AUGCGCGUGUUUGAGAGACAAGGGGGAGACGUAGCGAGAGAAACAAUUAUAAUGUGGCGGCGUCUCUCUUCCGGGGUUGCACGUCGGUUUCAUGUUCCUUCCUGUGGCAGCGUGCUGCAGAACUCUCGCCGCGCGUUGGAGCUUCCCGAUCCGCAGGCGUUGUUGACAUCACCUACGGGUCUUUUUGCCAUUUUGAGUGGGCGUCAGAGAGACACCCCGCCUGGCAGCGCCUCGAUGCCAUUAGAGCGAAACGGAGAGAAAGGAGGAAGAUACCGUCGAAAAGGGCGUCGCUUGUCGCCGGAUGGCAAUCGUGUCUCUGCUGGCGGAAGCACGGGAGAUGGCUCUCAUUCAGGCACAGUAUCGAGCGGUGCCCAUCAUGGGACUUUUUUUAACCGUGAAGCCGCUUCAUUGGCGUUGAUGAUUUUGAUUUUAACGGCUCUCUGGGAAGUCAUUAAUUCCCAAAAGGAGCAUCUCGUUAAGAAGAUGAGGGAAAUGCUUUUUCUAACGCUGGAGGUUCGCUCUUCCCGAGAGGAAUUUGCCAUGAUUCUGGAUUGGAUGGGACGACAACCGCAGGGCAGACGGGCGAGGAACAUCUCCCUCAUGCCUAUCUCUAUUCGUGAUGAGAUGUCAGGAGAAGAGGGUAAGCGUGACGAGUCUGUUGCGGGAAGUGAAUUCGUUCCUGGUUUUGGGAGUCACUAUAUGAAAUUUGGCAACACACGACUUUGGAUCACUCGAACAAUGGACAAUUCAAAACAGUACAAAUCAUCUUCACGCCUGGACAGAGAAGAUGAGAUACUGGAGUUGGUUUUCUUCUCAAGGGAUAGGAAUGUGGUGCAUGAAUUUAUGAAGGAGGUGCGGGCCUCUUGGGAGGAGCAAUCAAAGGGCACCGUUCGCCUUUACUUGCCAAAUGGCUGGGGCAAUAGGUGGGAGCUCCUUUCGAAACGGCUUCGGCGACCACUGUCUACACUUUACCUACCCCGCGAUACGAUUGCGGUGGUUGACGAGACAAAACUUUUUCUUCGAUCUAGGGAACUGUAUAUAUCGCUUGGUGUCCCGUGGCGUCGUGGAUACCUCUUUGAGGG